GAGAGACUACACACACACACACCAGUAUGCCAACCGAAGAGUCCCUGCUCCCCACUGAUGUCAUACCCCCACCGCUGGAGGUCCCCACUCUUGAAGGGACUGUCCUAAACCGAGGGACCCUCAGAAAUCCCACCCUCCGAUACUCCUCCACCCACAGCAUGGACUCCACCCAGUGCAGCGAUCGUCCGGUCAGCUACAGCUCCACCUCCUCCUCCACCUCCUCGUCACGCGACAGCCACUGCUCAGCCGUACUGGGCGUGGUCCCCGAGCAGAACCGCGACUCCGGGGCCAUCCGACUGGAGCUGGUCCCUGCCCGUCAGCUGGAGGAGGCGGAGCCACCGACACAGGCCGGUCAGGACGAGGAGCGUAAGGUGGCGUACGUGGAUCGAGUGGUGCAGGAGAUCCUGGAGACGGAGCGGACCUACGUUCAGGACCUGCAGAGCAUCGUUCAGGAUUAUCUGCAGUGCAUCAGUAACCAGACGCGGCCUCUGCUGGGGGUGGAGGACCGGAACUCGCUGUUCGGAAACAUCCGAGACAUCUACACUUUCAACAGGGAUCUCCUGAAUGAUCUGGAGGGGUGUAACACAGACCCGGUGGCCAUUGCUCAGUGUUUUGUAGUGAAGAGUGAAGAGUUUCAUAUUUAUACACAGUACUGCACUAACUAUCCGAGGUCUGUGGCGGUUCUCAGUGAGUGUAUGAGGAACAAAUCGGUGGCGAAGUUCCUACGUGAGCGUCAGGAGUUCGCCAAACACUCACUGCCUCUCGGCUCCUUUUUACUCAAACCAGUACAGAGGAUCCUCAAGUACCACCUACUGCUGCAGGAGAUUGCCACUCACCUGGAGAAGCAGAAGGACUUGGAGAGACAUGCCGUGGUUCAGGAAGCGAUCGACAGCAUGCAGAGAGUCGCCUGGCACAUCAACGACAUGAAGAGGAAACACGAAAAUACAGUCAGACUGCAGGAGAUCCAGAGCCUGCUGACCAGCUGGCAGGGUCCUGAUCUGAUUGGUUACGGCGAGCUGGUUCUAGAGGGAACGUUCCGCAUCCAGAGGGUGAAGAACGAGAGAACGCUCUUCCUCUUCGACAAACUCCUCCUCAUCACCAAGAAACGAGAGGAGACCUACGCGUACAAAGCUCACAUCCUAUGCUGUAAUCUGAUGCUGGUUGAGGUCAUUCCUAAAGAGCCGCUGAGCUUCAGUGUGUUUCACUACAAGAACCCAAAACUACAGCACACAGUGCAGGCCAAGUCUCAACAGGACAAACGAACGUGGAUCCAGCAUCUGAAGAGGCUCAUCCUCGAGAACCAUCCAGCCAAAAUCCCAGCGAAGGCUAAGCAGGCCAUUCUGGAGAUGGAUGUGCACAGUCCAGGAUUGCAGCGCAGUCCUGAGGGCCAGAACAGAAUAAACCUAAAAGAAGGUCCCUCACCCAGGAGAGGACGCAGGAAGACAGAACCUUUAUCCAAACUGCUCAAGAACAAACAUGCCAUUUCCAGUCCAGACAUACAGAAGCGGAGCAGCUUUGGUGCCACCCUGCUGUCGCCUGUGGUCCAUCUGGGUACCAUUGGUCGAUCCCGUAGCCUCGUCAACCAAUCGCAGGAGUCGCUGGACCCUGGUGACCAUGCCGAUCACAGCGAUGUAGACGAGGGGCUCCACCCACAGGACGCAGACGAUGAGGAUGAGAGUGGACUGGGCUCUAGAGGUAAACUCCGUGUACCUGGGAAGGGCAACAGGAAAAGGCUAAACCAGCAGGUGUCAGUGGACAGUAUUGACCAGUUGAAGAACCACAACCUAGACCACGUGGAUCUACAGACGGCUAAGGAGUCUCUUCAGAUGGACACUGUCCAAACCCCCAUCCUGCGAGUGACCUGCCCUCCCAAAACGAAAACUGAUGAGCACAUUUCCACUUUGUUCGGCACAAACAGCAUAUGGGCGGACCACAACGUGCGUCGAGCCAUGUUCCCUACCCGUCAAAAGUCCUUUCAGAUCGAAGACGAUGAAGACAUCUAUCAAAUGUUUGUGCCUAACGAAAACAACACGAGCGGCCAUGAUGCGGAAAGCGACGAUAACAUGAUUGACGAUCGUCAGCCCGGGCGACCCUGCAGCUGGCACGUCGAACAGGUUCCAUCUCCGCAGUCGGAUCUGCAGUCCAGCGGGGGUAAGGUGCUUCGCAGGGCCAGCAGUGUCGGAGAGCACCAAAGCGAUCGGCAGAGUCCUACAAAGCGACCCAUCAGUAACACGGACUCGUCCAGUAACGAGAUCUCCGGCUCGUCUUCGGCUGAACAGCUGACCAUCGACGACGUCGAAAACGUUUACGAUAACAUCAGUUACGAGGAGCUGCAGGCUAUGGGGUUGAUUCGAAAGGAGCCAGAGGUUCCUUCAAGUGUCCCAGAGGUCAAGGCACUUGUGCCUCCCACAAUUUUGGUUUCUCCUGUUGAAACUGAGGAAAAGUCCUCGGAGAGUAACUGGUCUUCAGGUCAGGAGGGAGUCCUGCUCGAGUCGACUGUUGUCCAGGCACCAGAGGAAGAGGAAAAUAUUUAUGAUACUAUUGUGUUCCGUGGACUUCCACCUUCAUCCGCUGAGACAGCAAGAGAAGAUGAACAAGCCGUCAAACAGGAUAGCGAGCCAUCAUGCGUUUCUGAGGAGAGUCUAAAUCUAGAUAUCAACAAAGGAGCAAAUCGACCCCUUCCAGAGAUUCCCAUAGUUUCAAUUACCGAUAUGGAUGUAUCAAUAACCUUUGACACCUCCUCCCAGCAGUCCACAUCUGACAGCAUGUCAGAGCAAGUGGAUGAAAUCUGGAAUGACCUUGAGGACUACAUCAGGAAUAACGAGAAGAAACCAGACAAGCAUCCUGCAGCAUUUCCAGUCAGUAGUCCUGAAUCUCCCAGCAAGACACGUGAUCCCCAGAGUAAAACAGAAAGCUCUCCCAAUAAACCACCCAGCUCACCGAGCAAGGCCGUCAAAUCCCAGCACACGCAAGAAGAAUCUCAACAGAAAACGCAGAGUUCUCCACGCAAAGAGGCUCCAAACAAGAAGUGCAACUCUGGACGCAAGGCAAGCGACUCUCGCGUCAAGUCUCCCUCUGAUCGUCCUAAAAAAGUCAAGAAAUCACCAAGUUCUUCAGCCCCCAACACCAUUCCGACCUUCAAACUCCCGGUGCUCAGUGUUCCCAAGCUCGUGCGAGAGCCCACGUUUGAGAUAGAUGAGCCCGAAUCCCCUCCUCUGUCUCCCGUUACGCCUGAAGUUGUAGUCUCCCCGGCCCCGAACCCUGAACCUCAGCCUGGCACAGUCAAGAGCAUUCGGAACAAACUAGCCAGGCUUAGCAGCGGGAGCUUCAGAAUGGAUGACGAGGACCCUCCUUCUCCGCCUCCACCGCCCAAAGAUCCUGAGCUUCAGGUGUUGUUCGGUGGUCUGGACCCGUCCUUACUUUCUCUGCCACCUUCAGGGCUUUUUCUGGACGAGGAAGCUGGGGACCAGCUGUUAGAGUUGGGAGAGCGGGGCAGAAACAGAGUCUUCCUCAUGGCAAGACAAUACAGCCAGAAGAUCAAAAAGGCUAAUCAGUUGUUGAAGAUGAAGAGCAUGGACCACGAACCCAGCUGUACUAGACUUCGGACCAGCAAAUCAAAAGACCUGGCUGACAUUUUAGAAGAGAAGAAGCAAGGCGGGGCAGCUAUAGGUGCACGGAUAGCGGAGUAUUCACAUUUGUACGACCAAGUGAUGUUUAAGGAACCUUCUUCCACUCCAGUGCUGAAGUCCUCAGCCAGCAUCGCAGGUCCUCACCCACUUUUCACCCACUCGAGCCCUUCACUUCCCGGGAGUUCCUCCCCAGAGGCCGACUGGUUGAACUGCACCUACAGCAAUGGUGAACUUGCUGGUUUUGUGUCCUGGCCCACUGAGGUCACUGCUCAGUCUUUCACCCCUCAGCGGAGGUUGACCCCUGCGACGUCCGUCCCUACCUUGAAGAAUCUUCCACCGGCUCCGAGCACUCCGCCCAAUCAGCGCUGGAGCACGUGUGUGAGUCCGACCGGCGGAGACGAGCACAUUUACAGCACGCUGGGACCGCGCAGUUCCAAGACUCCGCCCUACAGCCGGUGCCGGUCGUCGACCUCGUUGGCCGAGGUUCAGGAGAAAGAGAACAGUGGAAGUGUCUGUAAUAGGGGGCUCGAGAGAGACGCGAGUCGGCUUGGUCUCGGACCUCGGCAGCACAGCCUCCCGGAGUCCACGUUACAGACCACUCCUGACCUUUCCCCGUCCUGCGAUCUGACACUGAGAGAUUCGCAGCAAGUUCUGGUUCUGAACAAAAAUGCAGCUCUGAAUGCCGUCAGCGCCAGACAGAACUACCUGGCCAACUUUAAAGACGACGACGAUGACGACGAUUACGUGGAGAUCCGCUCGGAGGACGAACAUGAUGAUCGGAAUGGAAAUCUGCAACCUGGUCCAGACAAGAGCUGGACCGUCAGCCCAGAUUCUGCUCUUCAUGACUACGUCUGGAAUGGCACGAACGGCGGCCAGACAGCUCCCGGACAGUCCAAAAUUGUUCAUUCGGUGCGAGAGAGGUUUCAGUGUCUCGGUUCCAGCAGUUUCGCGUAGGAACCAGCCACGACCUGCGACGUGCACUCGGAAAGUUGGAAAAUACAGAGCAUCCACACUAGCACAGGGAAAAUGUUACGACUUAAUAACAGAUGCCCAUCGAGUUACACAUUUCACAUGACUGCUUUAUAAUAAUUAUACUAUAUACGCUAUCACAAAGCACACAAGUACUUCUUAUCUUUUUCUUUGUGAAGUCUCGCACACCAAACACUACUUAGCAUUUUGCAAGUCAUGGCUGUACUGUAUUUCAAAUAGAGCUGUAGCUAAAGGUUUACCUAGUUAAAUAAUUAGCUUAGCAAAUUCUUGGUCUUAAUUUUGCACAGUGGGCCAGUGUGUGACGUCUGCCAGAGCCGAAGACUGAAACGAAAAUUCCCAGUGAACCGUAGAUAUGAAGUCUUGGUCCAGUCUAGCCUGGCGUCUAUUGGGCCAUAAAAACACGAUUCUUGGUCUAUUUUAGGUCACUUAUGGUCCUCCUCGGUUUAACUUUUAAUUGUUGAUUUUAACAGCCUAAAAAUGACGAAAAUAAAAUGUAACUUUGGCUGAGGUCGUGGUAAUCAGAGUCACGUUAUUAUGUUUAGCGUCUCCCCAAGGUGCCGCUUUUAUAGCAUUUUAGUGAACAGCGCCCCCUAGUGCCGUGUUGGACACCAUUAUUUUGCACACAAGACUUGAAGGUGCCACUGGAAGGAUUAAAUACACGUGAAGCCAUCAACAUCUAAUGGUGUAAGAAAUAAUCAUAGUUAAACUGGCUGCUUGAACAGUAGCAUGCUCAUAAAAACUAGGCUAAUAACGGCUGAUUGGUCGUCUGCAUGACAGUUUGUUCUUAAACUUUUAUAUUUCUCUAUAUUUUGCCACGCUGUGUUAGAAAUAAAUAAGAAUUGUAUAGAAGUUAGAGAUAUAUUUUAGAUAGCUUAAAAAAGGAAGCUUAGCCAUGCCAGUCUAUGCUAUGCUCAGUUGCCAUCAGACUGAGUUAAAAGUAGAUCCACUUACUACAGUGAGCAUCAAUACCUGCGUUUAGGACCGUCCUAAUAACCUAGUACAUAAUCCUGUAGUUUAAGGCUAAUAGGAGAGCACCAUGCUAGCCUCAGGUUUACCUGCAGGACUAAUGUAAGGUCAGAUGUACGUUUCAUGUUCAGAUCCGCAGUUUAGCACUAGUCAUGUUUUCGUUUUAAAAAAGCACUAAUUAUUUCACACAUUCAUCACCAGAUUUCUUUAGAUUCACCGUUUUAUUUAUUUAUUAGCUUUUGUUUAGCAUCCUGUUGAAUUACCACGUCUGACACAAUAUUUAUUAAAAGAAAUUUGGUUAGAAUAGUUUGUACACUGUGACUUAGUUCCCCAGGAAUAAAGAAAUGGAACAAAGAAGCACAUGGUGUAAAUAUUGGUGUAAAUAAACCAAAUGGAAAAAAUAUGAAUGAAGAAUGUUUCUGAGUUUCACAUGUUUUCAUUUGUACGUGUUUUUAUUAUUUCACUGGUCGGGACUGUUUUCAUUUAUUCAUUUGUUUUGCACUUUCGAUUUUUUGUAAAGAUGUACAUUUUAGGAAACGUCAUUAGUGUCACUAUCAUGCAUUUAUUUUAAAUUAAAUGUACUGUAAUUUGUUUUUAUAAACUGCCUAAAUGUAACUGCGUUGCUCAAGGAAACUGAUGUACCA